AUGGCGUUUGCCAUUCUGAACACUUGGAUCGCUCUCGCAGGCUCCAUUGGCCUCAUUUUGCCGUCAGGCGGCUCUGUUGCCUUCUUCUACGGCUUCCUCUUUUGUGUUUUAUGUUGUCUUUGCGUUGCUGCUAGCCUCGGCGAGCUUGGCGCCAUCUGGCCGACCGCGGGCGGUCAGUAUCACUUCGUUUUUGCCCUCUGCACCGAGAGAUGGAGAUUGCCAGCGAGCUUCUUCGUCGGCUGGACAAGCAUUGCCGGCUGGCUGGUGGUGGUAACGGUGCAGGCCUACUUUGGCGCCCUUUUCAUCUCCGCCGCUGCGGUCGUUGCUUCGAGCGAUGCGUACCAAAUAACACCCGCGAGAACCUACGGCAUUUAUCUCGCAAUUCUCACUCUCACGACUGCCGUCAAUAUUUGGGGGAACAAAAUUCUCGGGAAAUGGAAUGACUGUGCCUUAUAUUGGUCUGUCCUUGGCGUUCUCGUCAUCAGCAUCGUCCUCCUAGUGAAGGCGGAUAAGAAUGAUGCCGAAUUCGUUUUUACUAGCUUCCGGAACGAAACGGGAUGGUCCGAUGGUGUCUCGUGGAUACUAGGGCUAUUGCAAUCUGCCCUUUCUCUGAUAGCCUUCGACGUGGUUCUGCACAUGGCCGAGGAGAUGCCUGACCCGGCACGAGAUAGCCCGCGAGCGAUGAUAUACGCCAUUCUUGUGGGCGGUGUGACGGGAUCGGCUUUCAUUAUUGUCAUAUUGUUCUGCCUGACCGACCCAGAAACAAUCUUGGCCACGACAACCGGAAUGCCAAUCAUCGAGAUGGUCCUUCAGGCUACCAAAAGCCGGUCGGCUGCGACGAUUCUGAGCUUUAUGCUCAGUAUUUGCUUCGUGAACGGAUGCAACGCCAGCAUCACCAGUGCGAGCAGACUCCUGUUCGCCAUGGCUCGUGACCGCGGCAUCGUGUUUCACGACUAUUUCUCUCAUAUCCAGCACGGCCUCAACGUUCCCGUUCGAACUAUAGUGCUCUGUUACGGCUUUAAUGUAUGCUUUGGGUUGUUGUACCUCGGUCCAACAGUGGCAUUCAGUGCUUACGUCGCCUCGGUCACAAUCUUCUUGGACAUAUCAUACGCAAUGCCCAUCGUCGUGCUUCUCAUUCGCGGUCGCGACAUACUAAACGAACAUCGAGGCUCCCAGAAAGCUGGGCUGAAGAUGAGCAAGAAAUUGGGCCUUGCUGUCAACGUCGUCGCAGUUGUAUAUCUUCUGCCGCCAAAGUUCUUUUGCUUUCCAAUUGCUCUGCCUGUAACUGGGAGCAGCAUGAACUAUGUAUCUGUUGUCUUGGGCAUUUUCACCGUGCUUGUCACUCUCUACUGGCUUGUUUUUGGAAGAUCAUUCCGUGGCCCGUCAUUUGACAUCAUACCCGGUCUUGCCACUGGCGAAGGGGAAACGCACCCGGAUUUGCACUUGAAUCGUGACGAGACCUCGGAGAAGGCCACAGUCACUAGGCAUGAAUGA